AUGCCCACAGCGCGUUAUCACGCCAGUGAAUGAGCCAUGGAGGUGUUAUAAGAAAUACCUGAGCCACAUGUAGCAUCCACAUUGACCUGACCCAUAUUGCUCCACACUGCCUUCAAUGGCUGAUCAACAGACUCUGACCGAUGCGGAGAUCAAGAAAUUCAUUGAAGAUUUGGACCACGAUAACAACGGCAAGAUCGACUACUGGGAAAUUGAGCGCAAGCUCGACGAAGUCCACAAGGAGAUUGCACCCAAGGCACAACCACACCACCUUCACCACGAGUCACGAGAACAAGCCCAACACGAAUUCCUGCGGAGUGUUAUCGGGACGAGCGAAGACCGUAUUGAUGAUGCGAAGUUUGCAGAGAGUGUGAAGAAGUGGGACAUCCCAUCAUUGGAGCAAGAUCGGAAAGAGGCAAAGAAAGAAGAUGACUACUGGAAACAGAUGCCAGUUUGGAGGCGGGCGCGCGCCUACUGGGCUGUCAAAGGGCCCGAGAUCGCGUUCUUGACACUGGUCGCAGCCUUCAUGGUCGCUUUCGGUGUUUGGCAGCUCGUCAAGUACCUCACCUAUGAUGAAUACACUCCAGCAUUCGGUUGGGGUGUUGUGGUGUCCAAGACAUCUGCGGGUGUGCUCUACCCGACUUUCUUCUUUCUCAUCCUGUCCAUGUCACGAUGGCUGGCGACCUUUCUUCGACGCUUCUACUUCAUCUCACGCUUCAUCAACUGGGAUCUAUCCCAAUCUUUUCAUAUCAAGAUGUCAAUUGUGGCGAUUUCCUUUGCGACACUGCACGCCAUCGGGCAUCUGUCUGGAUCUUUCGUCUUCGGCAGCAUGGCGCAUCGUCAAGACGCUGUUGCUGUCGUACUCGGUGCUGAUGCCGUUCCAAGAUCAUACAUCGACUAUAUACGGACCGUGCCUGGCUGGACCGGCCUGACAGCAAUCUGUUGCUUUUAUCUGCUCACAGCUAUGAGCAUGCCGCAAGUCCGGAAGUGGAGCUAUGAAGUCUUCCAACUGGGCCAUCUCCUGAUGUUCCCCAUCAUUGGGCUUAUGAUCGCUCACGGUACGGCUGGCCUCUUGCAGUGGCCCAUGUUUGGCUACUGGCUUGCAGUGCCUACACUGUUCGUUAUUUUCGAGCGGACCUGGCGCGUCGUCCUGGGAUUUCGUCCCAUCGACGGCGAAAUCGAGCUGCUGGACGAGGAAACCACUAUGAUUACUGUCAACGUCCCUCAUAAGCGUCCAUGGGACUAUAAAGCUGGUCAGUACGUUUUCGUUCAAGUCCCCCAGCUGUCACGCUGGCAAUGGCAUCCUUUCACUGUCUCAACCUGCGUCAACAACAGGAUGCAAGUGCACAUCAAAGCGGACGGUGACUGGACGAACGAACUACGAGACAUAGCCAAGAAGGCUGGGAAGAAGCAGACAAUCAAGGUUGGUCUUGACGGGCCCUAUGGCGCACCUGCCCAGCGCUUCUACGAUUAUGAUUAUAGCAUGGUCUUUGGAGCUGGUAUCGGCGUCACGCCUUUCUCAGGUGUCCUGACUGAUCUGCAACAUCACGAGCUCGAGCGGACUAUGUCAGGCGAGAACUCUACAGAAUCUGGCUAUGAAAGUGGCAGGGGCCCUUCACCAUACGAGGACCAUCGGCGCGUGGAUUUCCACUGGAUGGUCCGCGACAGAAACAAUUUGCUGUGGUUCUCUGACCUCUUGAACGAGGUGUCUCGCGCCAACAAGCUUGACCGCUCGCAUCUCGAUAUCCGUAUCCGCACAUACGUCACCCAGAAGCGAAAGCAGAUCUCAGAGCAUGUCUUCCGCUGGCUGCUCGAGAAGCACAGGACUGACGAGCACCCGAGAUCGCCCAUCACCGGUCUUUGCAACCCGACACACUUUGGUCGACCUGACAUUCCUCUGAUCAUGGAAGAGCACUAUACAGACAUGUGCAAGAUACUGGGCGAGCGGUCGAAAGAGAAAAAUUCGAAGAAAAAGCACGAGAUCAACGUUGGUGUUUUCUUCUGUGGACCUCCGGUAAUCGGUCAGCAGAUUGCCGAUCAAUGCUCGCAGAUGAAUGCGAAGGCGCGCAAUGAAGAUAGGAAGAUCGAGUACCGCUUCAUGAUUGAAGUGUUUGGAUAGAUUAUAAUUCUCGUUAUACCCAUGUACCGCAUAGCACGAAUGUAAUAUGACAGCAUAAGCCUUUGAUCCCAC